CAGGCUGUCCAACUGGUGGUUUCUGGGCUGUAUGCAGCCUGCAAGGAGUUAAAUUGCGGCUUGAGCUCUCAUCUGACUGCUGAUCCAUGCAUUGUGCCAACUGCAACAGCAGUCAGAGUCUUUGGGCUCCCCCCUCCCUCUUCUGGCAGCUGAGCCAUGCAGUGCAGGGAGCUGAGAGUGAGACUGGGCCAAGUGGGUAGGGGAAGGGGGAGAUGUGGAUUAGGACUGUGCAAGGCAAUGGUGGGUGCCAUGUGUGGCCAUGGCUUCCAGGGUUUGUGGUCCCUGGGGGCUUAGCAGGUGGACAGCCCAACUUUAAGCUCCGAUUCCAACACUGCAACCCAGGGCACAUAGACAGCCAAGGCAGGAUGCAACCGAUGCAUGAACCGACAGGCUGGUGGUUGCCCUCAGGGAAUAGAGCUUCAUCAGAUCAAGAAGACUUUCAAGCGACACAGCUUAGACAAGAAUUCUAUUUUCUUAACUCCAUCAAAGCCUCUGAGCUACCCAUUUUUAGGAAGAAGGAAGAACAGUCCUAAGCAAUGUCCAGCAGCCCACCCCCACCCUAUCCUGGGGGUCCCUCAGCACCUCUAAUAGAGGAGAAGGAUGGCCCACCCCCUACUUCAGGUGGAAUUGCCUCUGCUGUCAACCAGCCUCAAGGGACACACACACCACCUUCAGAUUUUGGGCCUCCCCCAUAUGAACCUCCACUCCAGCCUGGGUACAUCCCUCCUCACAUGCCCACAGAAGGCUCUGGGCCCUAUAUGUCCCAUGGUUAUUAUCCGCCCCCGGGACCUCACCCUUCCAUGGGCUAUUACCCUGGUCCAGAGCACUACCCCUCUCCUGAUGGCCACACCGCGACCGUUAUUGUACCAUCAGGGGCUGCUACCACCGUCACUGUGUUGCAAGGGGAAAUAUUUCAAGGUGCCCCUGUGCAGACAGUGUGUCCUCACUGCCAGCAGGCCAUUACUACCAAGAUCACGUAUGAAGUAGGGCUCAUGAACUUCCUCCUCGCCUUCUUCUGCUGCUUUGUUGGAUGUGAUGCGGGCUGCUGCUUUCUCCCGUGUCUGAUAGAUGACUUCAAGGACGUGACACACACCUGCCCCAACUGUAAAGCCUACAUCUACACAUACAAGCGCAUGUGCUAACAGUGCCCCAGGCAGCCAGCAACAUUGUCACCUCCUCCCUGCUGCCGUACCGACCUAUGCGUGCAGAAUGCUCUAUUCUUUCCCCUUUUGGUGGUGUGUGUUUAGUUUCCCUCCAUUUGAAAGAGCUUUGAAUGCCUUUAGAGCUCCAGUGCUCUCACUGACCAUAGGAGCUGCAAGCCCCUGAGAGCUCAUAUGCCGGUAUGAGUGCACAGAGUAGCUAGGCUAGGCUGCACCACAGAGCGCUACGGCACAUGCCUUGCUGUUCCCAGCAGUCUCUCUCGUUCUCACCCUCGUGGCUAUUAUACAGCAAGUUGUAAGUAGGAUUGUGAAUGAGAGGCAUUGUACAGAAGACUUUCCUUCCCUUGUAUAUGCACCCCCCUGGUAGCCACACAGUGGUCUGCUCCUACCUCAUCCCUUGGGACCCUCCAGGAAAGUCACUGUUAGUAGCCUCCGUUAAAGGAGACCAUUAUUGUACAAGGCAGGUAUCAUUUAACUGGCAGCACAUGCAACUGCCAUUCUAAAAGGCUCUUGCCCAGUCACUGUCCUUCUGCCACAUGCAGAUAUCUCCUGUAUUUCCUAGCAUCUGUGAAGGUGCCGUGGGGUGUGCGCUACUCCCUGAGGGGCUGGGAUCGUCUUUAUAUGCUCUGUUCUUGGUCUCUGUGAAAGCAGAGAUGUAAUUUGUUAAGAGUUACAGUUUUAUGCUUUUGAGAUCAUCUGUGAAAGGCAAGGACACCUUUGUGUCUGUCUAUCCGUCCAUCCCUGGGUGGGGCCAAGUCUACCACAGGCAGCAUGAUGCCUCUGCAGGCAGCUUCUGUUGAAUACUUGUGGUCUGCUCCCCUGCCAGGCCUUGCUUGUAGGCUGUUUGCUGACUGGCUGUGAGACAGGCAUGACUUGCUAAAGGCAAAAGUGCUGCCCUCCAUGGGCUAUGCAGCAUGAAAGGGAAGGUUUUAUUUUAGAAACAGUGUUUGCUUAUUUUCUUUACAUCUGCUGCUGAGGAAAGCACAUUUCCUCCUCUAAAGCCUAAUCAGCUCUUUCCUUGCCCUGGGAGGAUGGGAAAAGUAGCAGGUCCACUUACAGAGGGCAGACAGGCCUGGUCAGAGAUGAGGCUUAUUUCUGGUGAAUAGCUUUUGAGUCUUGGAGCCUCUGAGCCCAUUGCUGCAGUGUCUCCUGAGGUUUCAGUCUUCCCUCCAGGGGUGUAGUGGCCCACAUGGUCAUGAAGGGACACAUGGGGCUGCCCCUAGCUGGUGCAUUACAGUGAGAACUAGCUAACCCUGUAUCUGCCAUGUUUUGGGCACAGGGAAAGAUAUAAGCCUUGCUUUGCCCCUUUUAAGAAUCAAACCCUCAGGCACUGUGGCAGAAGUCAGCAGGUACUGGAACUUCAUGCCUGCAAGCGUGGGCUGAGGAGACUUCCUUCUACCCCCACAGAUUUGCACUGCCUGGCUUUGGAAGGGAGCAGCAGCAGCAGGUCUGCUGAAGUCCUGCGUGAUUUAGAAUAUAGGGAACAUUUGGCAUUGGGUAUUGCUGAAGGGCAGUGGGGAACCAUCAUGGGGGUUGUGUUUUCUCUGGAUCUCAGCAUUGGAGGCUAGAUGAACACCUUGCUGGGGUCGUUUCACCCCAGUACUCUUUCCUGCCAUGGCAGGGGGUCGGACUUGAUGAUCUACUCAGGUCCCUUCCAACCCUACCAACUAUGAAACUAUAAAGCAUUUCUUCCCCUUUCCUAUCUUGAGUCUAGUGGAGAAUAAAGGAUAAGGUGAGAAGUUCAGAGGAGGUGGGUUUUCGCAUGAUCCCAUUAACUCGGUGGUAUUUGGUAGGAUCAGGCUGUCAAAGACAUUACUGGAGAUUUAGCUGUCUACUGUGAGAUUUUUUUCCUUUACCUUUAUUCUUCCUCUGUAAACUUUUACCUUAAGUUCAGUGAUGUAGUCUUCAGCCAUUAGCCUUUGCCACCAAGAUCCCUGGUUUCAAGUCUGCAGCCAGUCAUGACUACAGUGGGUGUGAUGAUCUCAUUAGAUGUCUUUGUCUUGUCAAAUCUGUCCACCAGAUUGGCUGUCUUCAGUUAAGAGAACUGUAUUAUAGGAGUAAGGGAUGGGGAGAUGAGUGGACUCCUGAAGAGGCCUCACACUCCCAUCCCAUGAGAGAGCUUGAAUCUUCAUCAUGCUCUGCUCCAGCCAUUCCCAUGGACCCAGAACACGCCUAUUGAAUCUGUGUCAUGUAUUGCAAAGGAAUGUAUAUGGCUGGCUGCAUACACCAGGUCCCUGUCUUAGUUUUCCCCCUGUGCAUGUGGGUUUGUAUCUCUUACCUUGGGUUUUGUGUUCUAUUGACAUAUAACAUGGGGGGAAAUGGGGGUGGCUACUUGUGAAUCACCCUCAACCCACCAUAUUUUACCUAGAGACUGAUGUGCCCUCACUUGCCACAAGAUGGCAGUGUGAUGCAGGUAGCAUGUAAUACCUCAGUGCAGCAAGCUAGAAGUUGGUGUUUGUUUUUUAAUUAAUUUUAUUUAAGCAUACUGUUGUUAAACGGCCAUCAAGUUCUAACUGUAACUUACGUAACAUGAAUUUUCUGCCCUUUGAGCCAAAUUGGGUUUGUGGUAAAACUCUCUGGAGAACCACUGUCCAUGGCUGCAACAUAAUGGGAAGCAAAUGAGCACUAGUUACUCUUUGCUUGCUGUUCUGUGUGUAAGUGCUGGGAAGAGGGAAUGAAGAUUGAAGGAGAAAACCAGCUGGUGCUGUUGAGAAUGAGGAGCACAAGGUGCUUUAGGGAAUCUCAGCUGACUCCCCCUUUUUCAAUAGCUUCUAUUUCAUUUUAGUCCAGCUGAUGAAGUCCUUCCCUAUUAGUGCAUGGCAUCAAAAUACAAUGUGAACUUCUGCUCUGUGAUCAUUUAUAUCCCACUUGCUAAACUGGGUUGGAUGAAUGAAUGUGGGACUGUUGUCCCCCCCGGACCAGCUGAGACUUCUGGGUCAUGAAUUUUGAAACUGGUCACAGCAUGACCCUGGCUCUCAACUGUAAUAGUUAAAGUGUGAUCUGUAUAGAGUCAAAUAUCCAUUUGACACCAGUGGGCGAUGUUUAAUUCCUUGUGGAUUGAUUUUUCCAGAUGUUCUUCAGGGCUUUGUAUGGUGUCAGGAGUGAAUUAUUUUGCGCUCAGAAAAGCAAACUGUCAAUGCUUUUACAUAAUGUUUGUAUAUAAAUAAAAGACAGACCCUGAUCUCACUGCACUGCUUUCAUUGUAAGACCUGCAAGAGAUCUAGAUGAGUUGGGGAAUGGUGGUGAGAUGGCUCUUUUCUAUCUGGGGUAAGGAGUAUGCAAAGUUAGCUCUGGACAGCACUGGCUUUCUGAUAGCUAUUCAGUGGGUUUUGGUCCAGCUAUUGGAGAAUCUUUGGUCAUUGCCAACACGCUGUGAUACUUUUUUGUUGGAAACUAAAGUUUUUUUUUUGGACUUGCCUUGAGGUCUGUGGCACAUUGGCAAGGUGGUGAUCACAUCUUUCGUGGCUGGUUAAGCUAUCUACCAGCUCUGUGGCUCAAGUAAAUCUUUGCUUUCUCACUUUACAUAUACAUUAGGCCCUCCCCACACUAAGGUUGGAAGAAAAACAUGACUCUGCAGACUCCAAUAAUAAAGCAGAUUACAAGAAUAUAGGAUCUUGAGAAAGAGGUGGAAGGGAUUUCACAAGGUGAUCUAGUCCAGCCCCCUGUUCAAGGCAGGAUCAUCCCUGCUAUGCGUCUGUCCAACCUCUUGAAAAUAUCCAGGUAAAAAGAUUCCACAGCUUCUCUAGGGAACCAAUGGUUGACCACCCUCCAUAACCAGAAAGUUCCUUCUAAUCUCCAACCUAAUAUUCCCCUGCUGCAGCUCAAGGCCUCUGCUCCUAGUCCUGUCCCAUAUUCCCAUAGAGAGAAACCCAUCUUCAUCCUCUCUAUAAUCACCCUUCAGGUAUUUGAAGACUGUUAUCAAAUCUCCCUUCAGUCUUAUGUUCUCCAGACUAAACCCUAGCUGCCCAAUAAUUUUUGUUGCUAUCCACUUUGCUCUUUGCAGUCUUUCCUCAUCCUGCUUGAAUUAUUAACACCUGUUAAUACAACCAGUGCCAUUGGCUGCUUUUUGCCCCCCAAAAAAUCACGCAGCUCAUAUUCUGCUUAUGGUCUACUGUAACCCCUAGGUCCUCUGCAGUACUACAGCCUAACCAGUCAUACCCAGACUGUAUUUGUGCAUGCAGGUAUUUCUUCUCAAGCACAGAACUUUGGACGUAUCCUUGUUGAAUUUCAUCUGGUUGAUUGCAGACUACUUUUUCCAGGCUACCCAGUUUAAUAAAUAUUAGUGACUGCUUGGU